UCAACGUGUUUUCGAGCAAAAAAGAUGUCAAUUGAUCCCAGUGAAAUUGUACAGGCCGGCUCCACUCUAUACGAAGCAAAUCCUGGGAGUAUCCCCAGUACAUACAUCCCAACUACUUCAGCUGGCAGUGUCGGUUUCAUGGUGAUGUCGUACCCGGGACGACCGCCCAUGGUUCCCGGGAUUCCUACAAUGCCUCCUACAAUGGCCAUGCCAUACAUGCAGCUUGGAGCACCUCCACCAUUGAUGCAGGCUGUUAUGCCCAUGCCACCACAUAUGAUACCUGGACCUCCAAUGCCUCCACUGCCUGGGCCUCCAAUGCGCCCGUACAGGCCACAUCCUCACCACCCACAACAUAGUUCUGGAUUACGCACCAACUCAUUCAGCAAGAGACAACAUGAGCCAUCAGGACCACCUGUAACAGUUUUUGUAGGGAAUAUCACUGAACGAGCACCAGAUGCAAUGAUAAGACACAUCCUUGCUGCAUGUGGCCAUGUUGUGUCAUGGAAGAGAGUGCAAGCAUUUGGCUUUUGUGAGUAUGGCAGUCCGGAUUCUGGUCUGCGGGCUAUCCGGCUUUUGCAUGACAUGGACCUCGGGGGAAAGAAAUUGGUGGUGAAGGUUGAUGCCAAGACAAAGACUGUGUUAGAUGAAUAUAAAGCUGACCGUCGCCGGAAGCUACUAGGGCGAUCACCUCUUCAGGAUGAAACCCCAGAUGAAGAUGACUAUAUUGAUGAAGCAAUAAAGCACAGUGAUAAAGUUGCCAUGGAGCGCAUCAUGGUGACCAUGGAGGACUAUGAGUCUGAUAUGAAUAACUACUCUGGCCCACUUGGCAAGGGGGAUCGAAACAGAUCAGAGAGUAAAGAUCGUAAAAUGUCCAAAACACAAGAGAAGCUGCUGAAACUCAGCCAAGGACAGGGUCAAGGCCAUGACGUUCCUCAAGGAGAUGCUGGAUUGUUGCUGGAUGAUGUGGACAUUGAGGAAGGAAAACGAGAUCUAAUUACACGGGAGAUUGGGAAGUUUCGUGAGAUCAUGAAGAAGCAGGAGGAGGAGAAGGAGGUGGAGAGACGGAGAAGAGAGCUUGAGGAGCGAGAGUCUCGUGAGCGAGCAGCUGCAUCUGGUCGAGACAGAGAUCGGGACCGGGGGCGAGACAGGGACAGGGACCAUAGGGCACGCACUCGCACGCCGCCUACAUCCCAUAGUCCCUCUCCACGUUCACGGUCCAGGUCACGGAGCAGAGAGCUCAGUCGCACCCCAUCACCAGAAAGCAGUUCAUAUUCAAAUAAGAUACGUACAAAGGGCAGAGACCGUCCUAGAAGAUCACAUUCCAGGGAUAGAGAGAGAGAGCGGGAGAGGGAGAGAGAACGGGAAAGAGAGCGAGAGAGAGAACGGGAGCGGGAACGAGAACGUGAGAGAGAGGACCAGAAGAAAACUGAACGUGAGAUGCAGAGGGAAGAAGCAAAGGAAAGAAAGAAACAAGAUCGCAGAGCACGUGUGAAGGAAGCAGCAUACCAGGAGCGACUGCGGGACUGGGAGGCAAGAGAGCGACGCAAGGCAAAGGAACAUGAGAAGGAGAAAGAACGAGAAAGACUAAAAGAAGACGAUAGGGAGCGAGAAGCUAAGGGGCUGAAAGAGUUUCUGGAGGAUUAUGAUGAUGAACGUGAUGAUACAAAGUAUUACAAAGGGCGUGAACUGCAGAGGAGAUUAGCAGAGAGAGAGAAAGAGAUUGAACAAGAUGGCCGUGAUCGUCAGAGAGAAAAAGAAGAGUUGGAGGAGUUAAAGACUAAAAUUUUCUCAGAGGAGCAUGAUGACCCUGGUGCAGAAUUUGAACGAAUGAAACAAGAAAGAGAACAACAGUAUAAGCCAAAGAUCAUUAUUGACGUGAAGCUGGAACAUAGCCGUCAGCGAGAACGUGAAAGAGAGAGGGAGCGAGAACGCGAGCGACAGAGUAAGGAAGAAGAAGAGGAGGAGUUUGAACGACGGGCAGCUGAACUGGAGCAGCAGGCAGUAACUAUGAUUGCAUCUCCACCCCCUCCUGAGGCAGCAGAGAGCACACAAGAAAGUGAUGAUGACAGGGGCGUAGAUCAGUUCUGCAGUCCUGUGGGCCCACAUGAGCCCCCUCUUGGUGCAGAAGAGGAGAGUCAAGCAUCUGUUGUUUCAAGUGGUGGUGAGGAAAAGCCAGUGAUGAAGGUUUGGAACUCACCAGUGCAGCAUCAGCAACCAAGCACUCCCAGUCCAGCAGCUGUAGCAGCACCACCACCACCUGGAAAACAGAAGAAAAAGUUGGAUUUGAAAGAGGUCUUUAAUACAGAUGAUGAUGAGGACAGUAAUCUUGGUUCUGGCAAGAAGAGGAAGCUUGUUCCUCUAGAUUAUGGAGAAGAGAAGAAAAAGAAAGAGGAUAAGAAGGAAGAGGUAACAAAAUCUCAGGAAGAGAAGAGGAAACACAUCAAGACUCUCAUAGACAAAAUUCCAACAGAGAAGACUGCUCUCUUUGCCUUCCAGCUGGAUUGGGCUGCUGUAGAUAAUCAAUUAAUGGAGAGGCGCAUUCGCCCAUGGAUCAACAAAAAAAUUAUAGAGUACAUUGGGGAACCAGAGCCUACGUUAGUAGACUUUAUCUGUUCAAAGGUUCUUGCUGGAAGCGCGCCGCAGGGUAUACUGGAUGACGUGCAGAUGGUCCUGGAUGAGGAGGCAGAGGUGUUUGUGGUAAAGAUGUGGAGGUUACUUAUCUAUGAAAUCGAAGCUAAGAAGCUGGGUUUAGUGAAGUGAAAAUAGGUGGCCAUAAUAUUCCCAACUUGUGAUAUAUCAGUUCCAGCCACUCAUGAAUUUUGUGUUGAUGGUGCAAUAACACUUUAACAUGUGUAUUGACUGCAAUGCGUUUACUGAUUAAGUUGAUUGAAACUGUCACUCCUUAACUACCAACUGGAACUGCAGGACUUACUGUCAAGCAUGAGCCAAGUAUUGCCCAAUAAAAGCAACUUACCAAUAUUUCCUGCUGGGAGAUGGGAAGGUGAAAGUUGCUUACAACUUUCUCAGUGAAUGCAUUGUAUAUCAUCAUGGUGUACUCUGUUAAGUCAGGAGGUUUUGUUUAAAUGUCUGUAAAUUCAUAUAAUACAGAUUCUGUGAGAUUGUUUGGAACGUGUACAAUGUAGCUCUAAGACGAUGGUCUGCAGUAUUUUCAUGUGUAUCAGUUACUUUAAUCCCAUAUUGCUGCUGCAGGGUCACUGAACUUGUGAAAUAUUAGUUGCCAUAUGUAAGUAAAGCAGUGGCUUGUGAAGUGUUGUAGGACUUUAUUUUUGUAAAUAACCUUUACGUGUCAGGAGUGAAAAAUGACGAGAGGACGUGAUUAUUUUUAUUGAUUUUUAGAGUUAUGGUAAUGAGGAACAUAUUGUAGUAAAUUUCUGUAGUUUGUAUGUUUCCUUUAGGAAGUGACUUUUUAAGUCUUAGCAUGAUUUUUUUUUUUCUGGAAGGAAGCUGUGUUGAAAUUUGUAUUCUAUCCGUACUGCAUAGUAAUUAAUACUGGCACUGUAUACAGCUUUCUUGUUCUCUCCAUUCUGAGUGAUCUAGGAAUUAUAAAAGUGUUCAUUAA